AUGCCGUACUAUUUUGUUCUAAAGCGUGUGGUGUUGUCAAGUUGUGCCAUAAAGCACUGCGUUAUAGAGACAGCGUGUGACAAUGACUAUAGGAAAUGGGUGAAUCUGAACGUCAACUCUUACAGGCCAACCCCAUCCUCGAGUCCUUCGGCAACGCAAGACAGUGAAGAGAUGACAACUCGUUCACGAUUCGGGAAGUUCAUCCGGAUCAACUUUGAUGUCACCGGAUACAUCGUCGGGGCCAACAUUGAAACGUAUCUACUGGAGAAAUCGAGAGCUGUUCGCCAAGCCAAAGACGAGCGCACCUUCCACAUCUUCUACCAGCUGCUGUGUGGGGCGGGAGAACAUCUCAGGUCGGACCUGCUCCUGGAGGGCUUCAACAGCUACCGCUUCCUGUCCAACGGCAACAUUACCGUCCCUGGUCAGCAGGACAAAGACAACUUCCAGGAGACCAUGGAGGCCAUGCACAUCAUGAGCUUCUCCCACGACGAGAUCCUGGCCAUGCUGAAGGUGGUCUCCUCCGUGCUUCAGUUUGGGAACGUCGUCUUCAAGAAGGAGAGGAACUCAGACCAGGCCUCUAUGCCUGAGAACACAGCGGCCCAGAAGUUGUGCCACCUGUUGGGGCUGAAUGUGAUGGAGUUCACCCGGGCCAUCCUGUCUCCAAGGAUCAAGGUGGGACGAGACUACGUCCAGAAGGCCCAGACCAAAGAACAGGCUGACUUUGCAGUGGAGGCUCUGGCCAAGGCCACAUACGAGCGUCUGUUCCGCUGGCUGGUCCACCGCAUCAACAAGGCCCUGGACCGUACCAAACGCCAGGGGGCCUCCUUCAUCGGCAUCCUGGACAUCGCUGGCUUUGAGAUCUUCCAGCUGAACUCGUUUGAGCAGCUGUGCAUCAACUACACCAACGAGAAGCUGCAGCAGCUGUUCAACCACACCAUGUUCGUCCUGGAGCAGGAGGAGUACCAGAGGGAGGGCAUCGAGUGGAGCUUCAUCGACUUCGGCCUGGACCUGCAGCCCUGCAUCGACCUCAUCGAGAGGCCGGCGAACCCUCCUGGUGUGCUGGCUCUGUUGGAUGAGGAGUGCUGGUUCCCCAAGGCCACGGACAAGACGUUCAUCGACAAGCUGGUCCAGGAGCAGGGCACCCACUCCAAGUUCCAGAAGCCCAGACAGCUAAAGGACAAGGCUGACUUCUGCAUCAUCCACUACGCUGGCAAGGUGGACUACAAGGCAGAUGAGUGGCUGAUGAAGAACAUGGACCCCCUGAAUGACAACGUGGCCACGCUGCUCAACCAGUCCACUGACAAGUUUGUGUCGGAGCUCUGGAAAGAUGUGGACCGCAUCGUGGGCCUGGACCAGGUGGCGGGCAUGGCGGAGACGACGUUCGGCGCCACCUACAAGACCAAGAAGGGCAUGUUCCGCACGGUGGGCCAGCUCUACAAGGAGUCCCUCACCAAGCUCAUGGCCACCUUGAGGAACACCAACCCCAACUUCGUCCGCUGUAUUAUCCCCAACCACGAGAAGAAGGCUGGUAAGCUGGAGCCYCAUCUGGUUCUGGASCAGCUGAGGUGUAAUGGAGUUCUGGAGGGGAUCCGUAUCUGCAGACAGGGCUUCCCCAACCGCAUCGUCUUCCAGGAGUUCAGACAGAGGUACGAGAUCCUGACUCCUAAUGCCAUCCCCAAGGGCUUCAUGGACGGGAAACAGGCCUGCGAGAGGAUGAUCCGAGCGUUGGAACUGGACCCCAACCUGUUCCGUAUCGGCCAGAGUAAGAUCUUCUUCAGGACCGGAGUCCUGGCCCACCUGGAGGAGGAGAGAGACCUGAAGAUCACUGACAUCAUCAUCUACUUCCAGUCUGUCUGCCGCGGCUACCUGGCACGCAAGGCRUUUGCUAAGAAGCAGCAGCAGCUGAGUGCUCUGAAGGUCCUCCAGAGGAACUGUGCUGCCUACCUCAAGCUGCGCCACUGGCAGUGGUGGAGACUCUUCACCAAGGUGAAACCUCUGCUCCAGGUGACCCGGCAGGAGGAGGAGAUGCAGACCAAAGACGAGGAGCUGGUCAAGGUGAAGGAGAGACAGAGCAAGGUGGAGGGAGAGCUGGUGGAGAUGGAGAGGAAACACCAACAGCUCCUAGAGGAGAAGAACAUCCUUGCAGAGCAGUUGCAGGCGGAGACGGAGCUGUUUGCUGAGGCGGAGGAGAUGAGGGCCCGCCUGGCCGCUAAGAAGCAGGAGCUGGAGGAGAUCCUCCAUGACCUGGAGUCCAGAGUGGAGGAGGAAGAGGAGAGGAACCAGAGCAUGCAGAACGAGAAGAAGAAGAUGCAGUCCCACAUCCAGGAUCUAGAGGAGCAGUUAGAUGAAGAGGAGGCAGCCAGGCAGAAGCUUCAGCUGGAGAAGGUGACUGCCGAGGCCAAGAUCAAGAAGAUGGAAGAGGACAUUCUACUGCUGGAGGACCAGAACUCCAAGUUCCUCAAGGAGAAGAAGCUGCUGGACGACCGUGUGGCCGAGAUGACCUCCCAGCUGACGGAGGAGGAGGAGACGGCCCACGAACUGGAGCGCCUGAAGAAGGAGGAGAAGACUCGCCAGGAGCUGGAGAAGGCCAAGAGGAAGCUAGACGCUGAGACCACGGACCUCCAGGACCAGAUAGCUGAGCUGCAGGCCCAGAUAGAGGAGCUCAAGAUCCAGCUGGCCAAGAAGGAGGAGGAGCUACAGGCCGCUCUGUCCAGGUGA